AUGGGUACGCACCGAAUUACUGGACAAAAAGUCGCCAUCAAAGUGAUUGCCAAAGCGUACCUCGCCAGUAACCCGUCCGUGGAACGGUCCGUGAGACGCGAGAUUGCCAUUAUGAAACUAUUGGAUCAUCCCAACAUUGUCAAUCUCAUUGACGUGAUUGAUUCGCCUCAUUCGUCCAAUCUUUAUUUGAUCUUGGAAUACGUACCUGGCGGUGAACUGUUUGACCGAUUGGUCAGUCAAGGCCGCAUGUCCGAAGUCACCGCCCGUAAAUACUUUCAGCAAAUCAUUAUCGCGCUUGAAUACUGUCACCAACACUACGUAUGUCACCGCGACUUGAAACCUGAAAAUCUGUUGCUCGACGAUGAAAACAAUAUCAAGAUUGCCGAUUUUGGCAUGGCCUCCCUUCAACCUGUCGAUGCCCUAUUACGAACAAGCUGUGGAUCACCUCACUAUGCAAGCCCAGAGAUUAUCAGUGGAACACCAUACAAUGGAGCAACCUCGGAUAUAUGGUCUUGCGGUAUCAUAUUGUUUGCUUUGCUUAGUGGACAUUUACCAUUUGACGACGAUAAUAUUGCCUAUUUGUUGAACAAAAUAAAAGAAAUUAGGAAUCAUCCGUGGUUCAAAAAGCCGUCGAUUCAUCCACGGACGCUGCUGCCGGGUCCAGUUUUCAAGUACGAAAUGUUCAAUGUGUCGAUGAUAGAUAAUGGCGUUUUCCGCACAUUGAAGGAUUUAUGGGCCGAUCUUCCGGAAGACACGAUCAUCCAAGCGCUCUUGGACGAUCAGUAA